UAUAUGAUACAGUUAAUCAUGGAACUUUCCGCCUGUUUUUUCUUCCUGAUUGCUCCACCUCUGGUAAAGAUUUGCAAAGUGAUGAUCUAGUCUAACCUUUCUCUUGGAGGAAAAAGUAGUGGUUUGGCUCUUGUUGGGAGUUCAGGAAGAUGCCAGAGCUCGUAUGCCAUUGCUAUUAGGAAGCAAGUCCCUUUGAGGAAAUCUAACCCUAGCAUUACAAAGAAGAGUGUUGAAAGUGGGAUAUAAUCAGAGAUGUAGCUUAAAGCUAAGUGAACAGCUCUAUUCAAAAAGUAAGAUAACUCUUUCAGGUGGCGCCAAGCAAACUGGCUAUUCAGUAAACUAUUCUGGUGUAUCAACAAAGUUCACUUCCUGUGUUUUUGAAGCUUGAGGAGCAUAGGCAUUGAACCAUGGGAAGAAAAUCACUGUACCUUCUGAUCUUGGGAGUCCUCGUAGCAUAUUAUGUUUAUAUACCUCUUCCAGAUAAUUUUGAGGAGCCAUGGAGAAUGAUGUUGACAAAUGCCCAUCUGAAUACUAUAGGACAUUUGGCAAACUUUGUCCAACUACUGGGAAUUAGCAACUCUAUGGAUUCCUUUAAGAUAUUUAUGAGUUUUCUUGAAGUCUCACCAACCUCAGAUGAAAAUGUCACUGUGACUGAUACAACAUUUAACAACAUUCCUGUCCGUGUCUUUAUGCCCAAGAGAAAGUCAGAAGCACUGAGAAGGGGUUUAUUUUAUAUCCAUGGUGGUGGCUGGUGUUUGGGAAGUGCUGCUUUACAGCAUUAUGAUCUACUAUCAAGAUGGACAGCAGACAGACUUGAUGCUGUCGUUAUAUCAACCAAUUACAGAUUAGCACCUCAAUAUCACUUCCCAAUUCAAUUUGAAGAUGUAUAUAAUGCCUUAAGAUGGUUCUUACGCACAAAAGUUCUUGCACAAUAUGGCGUGGACCCCGAAAGAAUCGCAGUCUCUGGAGAUAGUGCAGGAGGGAAUUUAGCUGCCGCAGUAACCCAACAGCUCCUAGAUGAUCCAGAUGUCAAGGUCAAACUCAAGAUCCAGUCUUUAAUUUAUCCUGCUCUUCAGCCUCUUGAUGUAGAUUCACCAUCAUAUAGAGAAAAUUCACAUUUUCCUCUUCUGUCCAGAUCGUCGAUGGUCAGGUUCUGGAGAGAAUAUUUUACCACAGAUCCAUCCCUUGAGAAAGCCAUGCUUUCCAAUCAACAUGUACCUGUGGAAUCUCAUCAUCUACUCAAGUUUGUUAAUUGGAGUUCCUUGCUUCCUGAGAGGUAUAUAAAAGGACAUGUUUAUAAGAAUCCAAUUUAUGGUAGUUCUGAAAUAGCAGUAAAAUAUCCAGGGUUGUUUGAUGUGCGGGCAGCCCCUCUUUUGGCUGAUGACAAGAAGUUACGUAGUUUACCUCUGACCUACGUCAUCACCUGUCAAUAUGAUGUCUUAAGAGACGAUGGACUCAUGUAUGUUACCCGACUUCGUGAUGCUGGAGUUCCUGUGAUCCAUAAACACAUUGAGAAUGGAUUCCAUGGAGCAUUUUCAUUUCUGGAAUUUAAAAUUAGUCACAGGCUUAUAAAUGAUUAUAUUAGUUGGUUACAUGAAAAUUUAUAGCAAAAUAUUUAUCAAUCAUAUUUUAAGAACAAAGCAAACUCAAGACAUCAGAAAACCUAAUCUAAUCAUGCCUGUGGAAGCAGCUGAUCAAUGAUAGAAAAAAAUGCAGCUCCAACUAGUAGGAUUUACAGGUUUUAUUUUCUAAAACAGUGUCAAAAGAAAUUUUGCAAAUGGGAAAGUUUAUUGUUGGGCAAAUUUUAGUGAAAUUGAAUAACGAUGGAAUUUCAAAACAGGUGAUUCUUUUGGGAAAAAACAAAGCAAAACAAAAUUCCAAUGAUCCAGCAAUUCUAUAUUCAGGUAUUUUUUUCAAAACAAUAAAACAGG